AUGGUUUUCAUCUACUUGGGGAAGAAGGCCUACCGGGCCAUGAAGGGUUCGGGCAAAACGCAAACGACACCAGCCACAAAGUCAACAGCAACAGAAGGAUCAACAAGCGAGAACAUAACCUACCAGGACAAGAACAACCAAACCUCCUUAGAAAGAACUUCGAGUACACCGACUUGCGGUCACCAAUUCGAUCCGGCCUCUGGGCCCUGCCCAACAUGCAAGUCUGAGCGCAAGGCCCAGCUCAAGUACAGAGUCAAGAUCUUUGCUGGCCUAGUACUCCCCUUUGUAGUCCAAGCCUUGGACGUGACAAUCGUCGCCAGUGCCUUGCCUUGGAUUGCAGCCGACUUCCACGAGACUCGCCAACUCAACUGGAUCAUCGCAGCCUUCAACCUCACAUCGGCCGCUUUCAUCCCAUUCUGGGGCCAGAUCGCCGACAUCUUUGGACGACACGUCUCGAUACAGACCUGUUUGGUGCUGAUGCUCAUUGGCAGCGCGCUGUGUACCGGCGCCCCGACAGAUGCCUUCCCCGUCCUCCUGCUCGGCCGCGGCUUCCAAGGCCUGGCGUGUGCUGGCCUCAAUGUCCUCGUCCGCAUCGUCAUCGCCGACAAGGUGACCCUGCGCGAGAACGCCAAGAACUGGGCAAUCUUCUCCUUCUUGGGAGGUGUGUUGGGAUGGGGUCUGGGCCCUGUCCUGGGAGGAUACAUCACGAGCGGUUCUUCUUGGCGAUGGUGCUUCGGCAUCAACCUGCCCAUCGCCUUCGUCAGCAUGUUCAUCCUCUACUUCGUCCUACGUUCCGAACUCCUCGGGCCGCAACCCAUUCCCCAGCUCGACGAGACGACCGAGACGGGCCGACGAACAACCUUCAAAAAGCGUCUGCAGACAAUCGACAUCGGAGGCCAGCUCCUCUUCCUCUUUGGCUUCGGUCUCCUGGUCCUCGGCUUGACGUGGGCCGGUGCCACAUACUCGUGGACUAGCCCCGCCGUUCUUGUGACGCUCAUCCUGGGCGUUGUGAUCAGCAUCCUGUUCAUCGUCUGGGAGUACCACAUGUCCCCAGGCAAGGCACUGGCCCGUCGCUUCCCGUGGCAAAAGGCCAUGAUUCCCUGGGAGUUGGUUCGUAACAGGGAUAUCGGCCUCUUGUUCUACACCUCUUUCGCGACGGGCAUGGCCAUGUACUCUGUACUGUACUUUUGCAACAUCUACUUCACAAUGGUGAAGCUUUGGUCGGCAGACCAGUCUGGCGUACAGCUGCUGUACUUUACUCCAGGCUUGGCAGUUGGUGUCUACGCCUCGGCUUUCAUGUGCAACGGCUGGCCGCGCAAGACGUUUCCGCCCAUCUUUCUCGGAUCGAUCCUCGAAAUGCUCGGCAUCGGCUUGUUGGCGUGGGCACUUUGGACAGAACACAACCCAACCGUAUACGGGAUGAUGGCUCUCACUGGUGUCGGAACCGGUCUUCGUAUUAUGCCCGUCCCUCUUCACGGUGUCGGCUACUUCCCCAAGAAGAUCGCAGCCGUCAUUUCUCUCAUGGCAGUCGCCUACCCCUUUGGCGGAACGUUGGGCCUGACCAUCAUGACGACUGUCUUCAACAACGCUUCUGGCAUCGGCGAGGACUCGCCCCUGAGAGACUUUGAGGCCCUCAGCCGUCUGCCGGCGGCCACGCAGCAACAGAUUACCCACGACGCCAAGAUGGGCGUCGUCUGGGCGUUUGUCGCCAUCUGUCCUUUUAUGGUCCUCUGCACGAUAUCGGCUUCGCUUCUUGGCAAUGUCUACAUUAGUAAAGUCGAGGAGGGCAAGGAUGAAAGGCAAAACGAAAUCUACGAGGGCGUGUAUUUGCUUAGCUAUUUCCGCAAGGGAGGCAAUGCCAGGAACCUCAGAAGGGAGCAUUUGUCGGGCGGGGAGUCGACUUUGGAGUAG